CCAGCCUAAGCGAUGUCUGGGUGCUCGCCCUCUCCGUAGGGUGUCCGUCGGCUUCUACCUUCUCAUCCCGGCUGGCCAUGGCCAGCCGCGGGGCUCGGCAGCGCCCCAAGGGAGGCGGGAGCAGCGGCGGGGACACGGCCUCGGCCGCGGACAAGCUGCGGGAGCUGCUGUGCGGCCGGGAGGCGGGCGGCGCGGAGCCGCGGGCCGAGUUAUCUGGGAACAAAGCAGGACAAGUUUGGGCACCGGAAGGAUCUACUGCUUUCAAGUGUUUGCUCUCAGCAAGGCUAUGUGCUGCUCUUCUGAGCAACAUCUCUGACUGUGAUGAAACAUUCAACUACUGGGAACCAACACACUACCUCAUCUACGGGAAGGGGUUUCAGACUUGGGAAUAUUCCCCAGUUUAUGCCAUUCGCUCCUAUGCUUACCUGUUGCUUCAUGCCUGGCCAGCUGCAUUUCAUGCAAGAAUUCUACAAACUAAUAAGAUUCUUGUCUUUUACUUUUUACGAUGUCUUCUGGCUUUUGUGAGCUGUAUCUGUGAACUUUACUUUUACAAGGCCGUGUGUAAGAAGUUUGGGUUGCAUGUCAGUCGAAUGAUGCUAGCCUUCUUGGUUCUCAGCACUGGCAUGUUCUGCUCAUCUUCAGCAUUUCUUCCUAGUAGUUUCUGUAUGUAUACUACAUUGAUAGCCAUGACUGGCUGGUAUAUGGACAAAACUUCCAUUGCUGUGCUUGGAGUAGCAGCUGGGGCUAUCAUUGGCUGGCCAUUCAGUGUGGCUCUUGGUUUACCUAUUGCCUUUGACUUGCUGGUCAUGAAACACAGGUGGAAGAGUUUCCUCCAUUGGUCGCUGGUGGCUCUCAUACUCUUUCUGGUGCCUGUGGUGGUCAUCGACAGCUACUAUUAUGGGAAGUUGGUGAUUGCACCACUCAACAUUGUUUUGUAUAAUGUCUUUACUCCACAUGGACCUGAUCUUUAUGGUACAGAACCGUGGCAUUUCUAUUUAAUUAAUGGAUUUCUGAAUUUUAAUGUAGUCUUUGCUUUGGCUCUCCUGGUCUUACCACUGACUUCUCUUAUGGAAUACCUGCUGCAGAGAUUUCAUGUCCAGAAUUUAGGCCACCCAUAUUGGCUUACCUUGGCUCCAAUGUAUAUUUGGUUUAUAAUUUUCUUCACCCAGCCUCACAAAGAAGAGCGAUUUCUUUUCCCUAUAUAUCCACUUAUAUGUCUCUGUGGCGCUGUGGCCCUUUCUGCACUUCAGAAAUGCUACCACUUCGUGUUUCAGAGGUACCGCCUAGAACAUUACACUGUGACCUCAAAUUGGCUGGCGUUAGGAUCACUCUUCCUGUUUGGACUCUUAUCCUUUUCUCGCUCGGUAGCCCUGUUCAGAGGGUAUCAUGGGCCCCUUGAUUUGUAUCCAGAAUUUUACCGAAUUGCUACAGACCCAACCAUCCACACUGUCCCAGAAGGUCGACCUGUUAAUGUCUGUGUAGGAAAAGAGUGGUAUCGAUUUCCUAGCAGCUUCCUUCUGCCCGAUAAUUGGCAACUUCAGUUCAUUCCAUCAGAGUUCAGGGGUCAGUUACCAAAACCUUUUGCGGAGGGACCACUGGCCACCCGGCUUGUUCCUACUGACAUGAACGACCAGAACCUAGAGGAGCCAUCCAGAUAUAUUGACAUCAGUAAAUGCCAUUAUUUAGUGGAUUUGGACACCAUGAGAGAAACACCCCGGGAGCCAAAAUAUUCAUCUAACAGGGAAGAAUGGAUCAGCCUGGCCUACAGACCGUUCCUUGAUGCUUCCAGAUCUUCAAAGCUGCUGCGGGCAUUUUAUGUCCCCUUCCUGUCAGACCAGUAUACAGUGUAUGCAAACUACACAAUCCUCAAACCCCGGAAAGCAAAGCAAACCAGGAAGAAAAGUGGAGACCGGAGAAGAGCAGAAUCAACCCAUGGGAAGAACUGAAAGUCUCUGAACUGGGUGGCUGUGUGAAGCUGUUCUCCACUCUCUGGCCUGGCACCUGAGAACUAGCUCGCCUCUCCUGGGCUGGACGGGCUUCUCCACCAAAGCUGUGUGGCAGCUUCUAGCAGACCUUCUUGUUCAAACCCCAGUGCUGAGAAUGAGCACGGCCCAGUUGCCAACCCACAUGUCCUUUCCCCUCCAGCAAGACCAAGUUUCUCUAAAGCGCUUCACAGGACGAGGCCUGUCCUGGAGGUACCUCAGGAAAAAGGCAACGAUGUGAGGAACUGUGGCCGAACUUCAUUAUUUAGGAUGCCACUUAUUUUCAUUUUAUUUCCUUUACAACAAACUGUAACUAUGUGGAUUGUUUUUUAAGUUUUAGCAUGCUGUUUCUUGAAUUCAAGACUUCCCUGUGUAAAGUUAUUAAUAGACCAGUAUACAGUGUAUGCAGACUUACACAAUCCUCAAACCCUGGAAAGCAACACAAAUCGGGAAGAAAAGUGGAGGUUAGCAACACAUGUGCAGGACAUAUUUGGAGAAAAUUAAUUCUAUCAAUUGGUAGAGUUGGAUAAUAUCACAUUUUUAAGUAAUGUAUUCUGUGGCCAUUUCUGAGGAAAUUAAGAAUUUCCCUUUUUUAAACAACCCUAGUGAAAAAGACCAGUGUAUAUUUAUAGCAACUGUUUUUAAGUGUGUACAUUGCCAAGCACAUCCUGCAUGGGGCACUUCUCGUCAGAUAGGCAAUUAUAAUGACCUAAUAUUUUAAUAAGUGUGUACUCUCUUUACCUUUACAUACAUUAUUUCAUAGUUUAUAAAGCAUUUUGCACUAUCUCAUUUGAUCCUCAGUCACAAUGUGAAGUAGACAAGUCAAGUGUUUUUAUACCCAUUUUAAAGAUGAAGAAACUGAGAUUACGGGGGGAGGUAAAGUGACUUGCCCAAGGUCACAUAACCAGUUAAGUAAUAGCACCAGGACUAGAACCUACGUUGCCCAGCUUCUCAUCUAGUACUCUUCUGUAUUUCCUCACUUGACUAUGAAAACAGUACUUGAAAGAAUGAUGAGAUUGUCCAGAGACCAGGUUGAUAAUCUGACUUUCUGUUUUAAUGAAGAGUUUUAUCUGUUUUUUCUUUGAAUUCUCCGGAGCCUCCACUGUCUGUUGGUUAGACUCUCAUCACAGCAGUGCUUUGUGGUCCCGCCUGGCUGGUGGCAGGAACACAGUGCUUGUGUUUGGAAGCCAUGCUCCUUUGUAGCCAGGCAGGAUCCAGUAGUAGUUCCAUUUCUAUAGUCAACCUGGGUCACAGUAUAGGUGCCUUAUUUCCCCAAGGGUAAUUGUGUCUAGUGUCUGCAAACAGGUUGAAUUUAUUUUUCAGAGUUUCCAUCUUUCAUUUUUCAAAGAGAAGGGCUUUCAAUAGUAACUGGUCCCAAGAGAGGAGAAAAGAAAUGAUAAGGGAAGGAAUGGCUAGUGGCCAUAUGAAAGUCUCCCCUCUGAAGGAGGAUUGGGAUCCAGUUGAAGCACUGGAGAGGCAACAGGUCUGGACAAUAGAGAAUAACUGGAAAGUGAAGAUAAACUGGGGUCCCACUUGCUGCUUUAAAGACUUCUGCCAUUUAAUUCUCAGUCCUUGAUUACUUUUUCCAAAUAUUGGCCCAUUUGGUCUGACUACAGGAUAGAGAAUUUUCACUGAAAUAUCUUGCCAUACCUACUUUAAUAGUGCACUGAGUUGCUAAAGCCCUUUACUUUUUGCAGAGGUAAAUAGGAGAAUUCCGAAAGGGAGGUCCAUAAUGAGUGGCUUUUUCUAAUUGCAGUAGUACAGCGCUGAUCUAUUUUAUCAUCUUGCAUGUGGAAAAUAAAAAGCCUUUUGAGCAGGAACUUACUAUAAUAUAGCACAAACAAAGGUCAUGAUUGAUUCAGGGAUUCCUGGGGAAUAUCAGUUCCUAUUCCUUUUAAAACCUGAUUUUGGUUUUCUCUGUUCUACGUAUAUCUUUAAUGAGAGCACAAUAAACUGCAGGACACUGUGCCAAAUGCCAUAGGUCAGGGUAGAAGAAAAUGAAUGUUUUUUGUUAUGAAGGAAUUGUUCACGUGGUAUUUACAUAAACACAGUUAUAAAUCUCCAUCUCAGCAAUACAGGGAGCUUAGCUUGCCGGGGAAAAGUUCCAGACACCUGGUCAGAGUGACAUUUCUCCUCUAGAGAAUCAGUUCAGCAUGAGCUGUCCCCUCUGCCCAUUAUAAGGAUGACGUGUCUGAGGUGCUUAUUUCUCCAUAGACUGUGGAAUAUCAAGGAAUGAAAGACUAUAGAUUGUUUGUAAUAACCUUUGAUUAUGGAGCUGAGUGCAGGAGUGGGUGUACUUGGCAAUACCAGGACUCGGAUCUCUGAUUUCUGAAGCAGCUAGAUCUGAACGCCGGAGCUUAUGACACUGAGCCCCAAACUGUGUUAAUAGGCAUCUAUUGUCAAAGUUUACCUGUCACUGGGUAGUUGCCAUCUGAUAAGAAAGAAGACUGGUAAUUAUUUUCUUUAUUUUUUAUUGAUUUGAGAGAGAGACAUUGAUUUUUUUUUUUGUUCCACUAAUUCAUGCAUUCAUUGUAUGUGCACUGACCAAGGAUUGAACCUCCAACCUUGGCAUGUUGGGAUGACGCUCUAACCAACUGAACUGCCCAGCCAGAGGAAGACUGGCCAUUUUAAUCUCUUGGGAUAAUCACAGAAAAUUGAAGCCCAUACUCUUUAUUAUUGAACUCAAGUUUAGAAACAGAUUGUUUUAAAUCAAGGUGGCUCUUGAUCCCAACUAUUUAUUUGGGUCGUUUUGUUUGUUUGUUUGUUUGUUUAGUUUGGAGUUCUGGGAAAGAACCUUGAAAACUUCAUGUGGUUCUGCAACAUUAGAUCUGGAGUGACCAUUUGGGCAAAGCACCAAUGGCAGGCCUUGAUCGUGUUUUGCUUUUCCUGGGGUUUACUGAAAUAAGAACUCACUGUGAUUGUGCUGCCUUCUGGCCAGUGCCAGGCAGCUCUGCUUUUAAUUUGGUUAAUUUUAUUUUCUCUUGAGAGGGAAAAGAGGCACAAUUUCAUCUUUGCCUGCACAGGCAUAUUAAAGCUCAUGUGUUAAUUCAUUCUUACGCUCCUACAUUAAAUUACAUGCCUUGGUAAGUCGGUAAAUGGACAUGUGUUCAGCUUUAAUUUUUUUUGCAAGAGAAAGAUCAGACUUUCGUAUGGCAUUGUAUUUCAGAGGCUCUCUGGUGUUUCAAUAAAUCUACGUGAAUGUUGCCUUCAAUUUUUCCAAUGCAUAUGACCAGGUGGUUCAUGCUGCAGAUGCUAUCAGGAAGCAGUCCAGUGCUGAAGCAAGAGAUUGUCUGAGUGAUUUGUCUUCCUGAUCCUUGUGCUUUAUUUCACAUGUCAGUGUUUACAUUGCAUACUUAUAUUUUCUGUGAAAGAAAAAAAAGUUAAAUAAAUCUUGGCAGUUUGA